UACAAAGCAUAGUCACUGGGCAAACGCGCUAGGCGUACCUUGAAAAGACACGCAAGAAGGAAAGCGGCUCCGAAGGAUUUCCAAAAAGAAUGACGGGAUGAUCGGACCCCGGUCGUCAUCUUGAGUUAAAAUGGACCAACACUUUUAGUUUCCUUUUUCUUGCCUUAAAAGAAGCCAUCUGACCUCCGCCAGUCACAGACAUGGACUGGAAGACCUUCCAAGCCCUCCUAAGCGGGGUCAACAAGUACUCCACAGCCUUUGGCCGAGUAUGGCUCUCUGUGGUGUUCGUCUUCAGGGUGAUGGUGUACGUGGUUGCGGCGGAGCGUGUGUGGGGCGACGAGCAGAAGGACUUUGACUGCAACACCAAGCAGCCCGGCUGCGCCAACGUCUGCUACGACCAUUUCUUCCCCAUCUCGCACAUUCGUCUGUGGGCCCUUCAGCUCAUCUUCAUCACCUGCCCGUCCUUCAUGGUGGUGAUGCACGUUGCCUACCGUGAAGACCGUGAACGCAAACACCAAGCGAAGCACGGCGAGAGCGCUAAGCUAUAUAACAACACGGGAAAGAAGCACGGCGGCUUGUGGUGGACGUACCUCAUCAGUCUUUUUGUCAAGACGGGUAUCGAAGCCACCUUCCUCUACAUCCUCCACUACAUCUACGAUAGCUUUUACCUCCCCAGGCUGGUUAAGUGCAAGGUGUUUCCUUGCCCCAACAUAGUGGACUGCUACAUCGGCCACCCCACUGAGAAGAAAGUCUUCACCUACUUCAUGGUGGGGGCCUCUGCACUCUGCAUCGUGCUCAACAUCUGCGAGAUCAUUUACCUCAUCGCUAAGCGAAUUGUAAGAAGUGCAAACAAACACAUCCGUCGCAGCCAGAGGAACCUUGCGCCGCCAGAUGACAGACACAAGGACAAAACCUUCAACAACUGCGUCCAGCCUCCUUCCAAGAUGGACCUCAAGGAUAAGCCUCCGUCGUUCAAAUCGGCAAACAAACCAGACUACAGGCUUUCCAAGCUGAAGCUCGAGGAGAAGAUUCGGGCCUCAGCUCCAGAUUUGACUCUUCCUUACUGAGCCAAACCAAAGGAGAUCUGAAGAUGAAAAACCAUGAGCAGUGCUUUGGACUAUGACUCAUUCGGUACACACAUUCACAACUACGAGCCAAUCCGUAGUGCGUGUGGAAAGUUGAGUCACUGAGUGCCACCGUGUCCACACCUCAAGACUCGUGAACUUUGCAAGUCAUCAUCUUCAAUACACAUCGGCUACAGCAAGUUGAUAUCUUCUACUGUAACGUGGGAUUCUUCUGGAACACAAUGGUCUCCGUGGCUUUUCAGUGCCGCUCACUCACACAUUCUUGCAUUGUUCUUGCUGUUUAUUGUGAGGCGACACAUUGUGAUAAGACAGGGAGGUAUGACAGGUGUAUUCAGCUGUACAUUUCAUCAAGCUUUUCUACUUCAUUUUGAAACAUUCCCAUGUUGAUGUGACGAUGACGCCUUCAAGCAGGGCCCAGCUUACUGAAGAGUGGUAAUGAUUCUGGAAUGUGGACACACAACUAUGGCGAUGAACUGUCCUUAAAAGUAUGCCAACUGGCCCCAAACUUGUUUUUCAGUGUUUUUUUUUUUUACCAUGACUGGACCUAUACAGGUGACAAAGUACAUCGCCUGCCUCUUAUUGUGCAUAAGUUGUCAUUAGUGUUUCAGCUUUUUUGUACACAACCUCGACUCCUUCCGAGACCGCUGUUGAUUUAAAAUCAGGAAAACGGAGUGCUGCUGUUCAGUGCUGAGUGGGAUAACGCUGCAGGGAUAAUGGACUGAUAUCAGUGUCCCCUUAGAAUUGUACUAUAUGUAUUUUGUCACUUGUUUAUUUUUUAUACAUAUUAAAUUUA